UUCACCUCGAGGAGUCUCCACUGUGAGCGGGGGCUAAAAUCCAAAAGUGGUGACUUGAAGAAGAAAAGACUGCCCCAAACAUAAAUGAGCGGUUAGAAAAGGGGCUGAGGCAUGUGUUAAUUUAGGAUGAAUCGCGCCAGUUCGGCCAAAUUAAAGGCAUUUAUGAAGCGUUUUCUGAAAGUGAUGAAUACGGAGGAGGCGCCGCGUCAAGGUAACAGGUGGCACACUACAGUUGCAGUGUUUCUUUUCGUGUCAGCUUUCUAGGUGAGAGCUCCCAGCUGCGCGCGCUCAGUAUAUGUGGAGGAAUGUGCGUUUUGAACAUGAGGUGCACAUGUGCCAAAGAAAACACAGCCCGGAUUAAGACUUAAAAGAGGGAGGCUGCUUUGUCCAUAAACUUUCCAGGUGAACAAUGUGAUCGGUCCUAUUUAUCCACACUUGUUCCAGAGCGCUUAUAAAAAUCAGAUGAAUGGACCGCAGGAUGUUUUCUGGUCAGAGUGGUCUGAACUACAGCUUCAACCUGAGCGAUGACCAGGAGCUGCUGGACGCACCGGCCGGCUCGGCCAAACUGUCCCCGACUGGCUUUGUAGUGCUGUCCGUGGUGCUGGGCUUCAUCAUGACUUUUGGCUUCCUCAACAACUUAGUCGUCUUGCUUCUGUUUUGCAAAUUCAAGAAGCUGCGGACUCCGGUGAACAUGCUGCUGCUGAACAUCAGCGUCAGUGACAUGCUGGUGUGCUUGUUCGGAACUACUCUCAGCUUCGCUUCCAGUGUUCGUGGAAAGUGGCUGCUGGGGCGCAACGGCUGCAACUGGUACGGCUUCAUCAACUCCUGCUUCGGUAUCGUAUCGCUGAUCUCCCUGGUGAUCCUCUCCUACGACCGCUACAGCACCCUGACUGUCUACAACAAGCGUGGCCCAGACUACCGCAAGCCCCUUCUGGCAGUCGGAGGCUCUUGGCUGUAUUCCUUGUUUUGGACAGUGCCCCCACUAUUGGGCUGGAGCAGCUAUGGAAUAGAAGGGGCAGGAACAAGCUGCUCUGUCUCUUGGACGGUUAACACUGCCCAGUCACACGCCUAUAUCAUCUGCCUCUUCACCUUCUGCCUGGGCCUUCCCGUCCUGGUGAUGAUUUACUGCUAUGGCAGGCUGCUUUGGGCGGUCAAACAGGUUGGUAAAAUCCGAAAGACUGCAGCCCGAAAGAGAGAGUACCACAUACUGUUUAUGGUCCUGACCACAGCAGCUUGCUACUUGUUGUGCUGGAUGCCUUACGGUGUGGUGGCCAUGAUGGCGACGUUCGGCCCGCCCAACAUCAUUAGCCCCGUGGCCAGCGUGGUUCCCUCACUGCUGGCAAAGAGCAGCACUGUCAUCAACCCCCUCAUCUACAUACUCAUGAACAAACAGUUCUACAGGUGUUUCCUGACCAUGUUUCACUGCGACCACUGGUCAGCGCAGAACGGCAACACCUCGAUGCCCUCCAAGACCACGGUGAUCCACCUGAACCGCAGGGUCUACAGCAACACGGUGGCCUGCACCGCCCAGAUCUCCACCGGCGGUCUCAACCAGUGCUACAGCACCCCGUCCACCAAACGCACGAACCCCCCCGAGGUCACGUCCUAGGCCUCCGCAACGGCAACAGACUGCCACCGAGACGCACGAAUAACUCCACCGGAUGCAUACAGUAUGAACUACGAGGAUUACAGCAUGAAACACUUAGGGGGGGUCGGUGUCCUUUCUGUAUGAGCUUGUCUUUGUAAAUCGCCUGAUUUUCUUCCCGCUCAGUAGGUUUUAUUGCCGUUUUAUUACUACAUGGCUUUUUUUUUUAAAUGUUUAUGAAAGCCAAAUGUUGCGGCUUGUUUUAGGAUUGAAACAUUUAUGUUUUGUUUUGUUUUUUUAACAACACGAUCACUAAAGAAUUCAGCAGUCGAAUAUAUAUUUGAUGUUGGCACAAUUCACUCGUGGAAUACAGGAUUCAGUGUGGUGCUUAUUCUUGCUUUUCUGCCAGUUUGUCAUCGUGACACAGUCAGGUAGAGGUGGAGCGGCCUGGCCACAAACCAGGAAGCACCCCUUAACCCCCAGUGUGUGAAUGUGAAUGUGUGUGUGUGUGUGUGUGAGUGAAUGACUAGAUGCGCCCGCGACUAUAAAGCUAUUUCAGUCCUAAUAUGUAGAAAGUCGCUAUAUAAAAACAAGACCGUUUACCACAGCAUAGAUUUGUUCUUUCAUCGGUGGUUAAGUGGACUGAUGUAUUCAUCGUUUAUGUAUUCACUCUGACUUCUGCCUCUGUAGUGCUUUGAUUGUAAAUACUGCAGAAUACAAAAAAACUUGCCACACAAAAUUCGUAAAUUGAACUGUUCUCGCAUGUAAAUACUGAAACAUUUGGCUGUGCAUGUGGGCAUUUAUUUGGAUUAUGUCUAUCUGCGUGCUCGUGUUGCCCCCACCCCCACCCCUCCUUCGCUUUACUUUGACGUACGACAUAAUUUCUUUGCAUGUGUUUUAGUGCAUUUCAUUUUAAAUGAAUCCCAAACAAGGUGGAAGGAAUGAGACAAAUCAAAGAUCUGCAUCGAAUCCGAGGACGCGCUGAGGAAGACACAACGUGACGGCCGAGGGCAACUGCAUCACAUCCGCCUAGACGGCUGUGAUACAUCAGAGCUAAGUUUCCUGAGCUGGGAAUUGGGAGUACACAGACUCGGCGGUGACGAACUGCUGAAAUGUAAAGGCCCCGUGCGGAACGUGCAGCAGGCGACGCGUAGAUAUCAAGCGUGAUUGAUAUGGACUCGCUCGCGAUGGGGUCCGCUCCCAUCAGAGACAGCAGAGCGUCUCACUGCAGGGCUCAUUGGAGUCGGUCGUGAUUGGAUGCAUCAGCGGGGCAUUCGUUUUAACAUCGCCAUUCGUUUCAUCACAUUUUGCUCUUGGAUUUAUUUGUUCGAAUAAAUAUUAUUACUGUGGAAAA